AUGGAUAAUCUCGGUGGAGUAGAUGCAGAUAGCAUGGGAUUCGAUAUGAACAUGGUGGUCAACCAACCCCCGCAGAUAUUCGGGGCGUACAAUCCUGAUGGUUCGCCCAUAACACCAUCUCUUCCAGGACCAGUGUUUCCCGAAGACCACCUAAGUGGCAGUAUGGAGGAGAGUAACGAUGCGAAGAGGCGGAGAAUUGCAAGAGCAUGUGAUAUGUGCCGAAAAAAGAAGAUUAAGUGCGACGGGAAGAUGCCAAAAUGCUCGCACUGUAUAAACUAUAAAACCGAGUGUAUCUUCACUCAGGUGGAAAAGAAGCGGAAUCCACCGAAAGGAGCCAAAUACAUAGAAGGACUGGAAAAUCGAUUGGGCCGCAUGGAAUCCUUACUACGACUAUCCGGAUUGUUAACGGAAGCGGACGCUGGUAAAACCGAUCUUAGUGCUCUUGAGAAACGGUUAGCAGAUAAGUCAAGCCAACCCGUUGGCUUGUCGUCCAAGCCGUCAACCGCAUCCUUUGGCUUUAAUCAAACCAGCCAACCAUCCCCCAUAACUUCUACACCACAUGCAGAUUCUCACACCAGCCCAAGGACCGCGGCUACUUCGCCAGACUCUCAAAAGGAGACGGAGGCUGAGUUAGAUUCUCUAUCAGAUAUGAUGUGUUCCUUGGUCACCAACAAUUGCGGGGAGACUCGAUAUAUUGGAUCAUCAUCUGGCUUCUCAAUAUUCUCACCAAAGGGCAUCCAAUGGGUCAACGAGAAAACGGGAGAUUCAUCGUUUCAGGAUAUGAUAUCAUCCGCAUAUGUAGAUGACAAUAAAUGGAUAUAUUGGAAGCCAGAGGUUUUCAGUGACAUAUUCGCUCGUCGUGUUUUCAAACCGUUACCCCCCCGAGAGGAAGCUCUAUCCCUCUUUAAAGAUUAUUUUGAGAACUUUAAUUGCGUCUUCCCUCUCUUUCACGAACCCACAUUUAUGCACCUGGUCGAACGACAGUACUCCCGCGACCCUUACGAAGGCUCUGGAUGGUGGGCCAGCAUCAAUGUGGUGUUAGCUAUAUCUCAUCGGCUACGAAUUAUGAGUAAUUUGGUGCCGCAAGAGGAAGAUAAAAAAGCCUGGUUGUAUCUGAAGAAUGCGAUGGGUGUUUUGACUGAAUUGACGAUGCGAAAUACUGAUCUCCUGAGUGUGCAAGCACUUAUUGGAAUGUCACUUUUCCUACAGGGAACUCCUAACCCACAACCAACAUUUUUCCUAGUCGCUGCAGCGAUCCGCCUCUCGCAUAGUAUAGGUCUGCACAAACGCGGGUCUGGAUUUGGUUUGAACCCUGUUGAGCUUGAGCAGCGAAAGCGAGUUUUUUGGAUCGCAUACAUACUAGACAAAGAUCUAUGUCUUCGAUCCGGGCGGCCCCCGGUACAGGAUGACGACGAUAUGAAUGUCGAGCUUCCUAGUGAAGAUCCUCCAGAUAAUAUUGGAAACCUCUAUUCCACCAAAGCGGCACGACAAUCAGAUGGUGAGCUUCUCAAUACGAUUGGAGAACUUGAUCGAGAGCUUGAAGAAUGGAAAGACAGUAUACCACUUGAUUUCCGGCCUGAACAUGAGAUCAAAGCUACGCACCGUCCGUUAAUUCUUCAUAUAGUAGUGUUACACUUUGCCUACUAUAACUGUCUGACCACAAUUCACCGAAUGUCUGUUCAUCAUGGAUAUUGGACUAGCCGAUUAUCGAAUUAUGCAAUCCAAGGUUUGAACGCGAGGCCUUUGAAUCCUCGUGUGUUUUCUUCUGCUGUUCUUUGUGUUUCUGCUGCACGCGCCUCCAUACAUUUGAUCAAAUAUAUACCCCAAGGCGACUUUGCCUGUGUUUGGUUGAUUCUUUACUUUCCUAUUUCCGCAUUGGUCACGCUGUUUGCAAAUAUACUUCAAAACCCACAAGAUGCCCGUGCACGAUCUGAUGUCAAAUUAAUGGGACUUGUCGUAAAUUUUCUUUCGAUGCUCGUCGCCGAUGAAUCGAACGGGAGUGUUAGACGAAUGCUGGGCGUCUGCUCUGAAUUCGAGAGAAUAGCAAAGGUUGUGCUGGAGAGGGCUGAAAAGGAAUCUCAGACAAAACGGAAGCGUCGGGCUGGGGGUGAUGACGACAGCAAUAAUGAUGAAGGACCUGUCCAACCGCCUAGCUCCGCGCCGGAUAUCCAACCGGAAGAUGUCACACCUAAAGAAUCUUUACCUACGCAAACUUUCCAACAAACAAAUUCAGGUAUCCAGCCAACAAGCCAAAGCAAUGGAAAUGUUUACUUUAACCAACCUGCGCGUAUGGGGCCAGAAUCAUCAACACCAGCGGCGACAACCGCGGCAACAGUGACAACGGCAUCAGUCACGUCUGGAGCCCAUUUCGGACACGGAUACGAGGAGAAUUUUUCUUCAGCAAUGUUGACCCCUAACCAGGUGAAUCCCAGUGCGUUCACUAGCGGCGGCCCGUCAUUCUCCAGCCCGAGUCCAAUGCCCAUAGAUUUCUCGUCAUUUCAACAACCAUUUGUGCCCCAGGAACUCUGGCAGAUGCCAAUGACAUUAGAGUGGGACUGGGCGGACGUGCCCAGUAACUUCCCAUUCGCAAACGGAGACGAGCACCAGGCAUAG